UUAUUUAUUUGUUUUUGAUAGUUUGUACUUUUAAUACACACUCCGGAGUUUUUUGUAGCAAAUAGAUAUCAUAUCAUUGUUGCUUGUAGUGAAAUGAACGCAUUGUGCGAGUAUCUUAUUGCCUGGGCGCUUCGUUCCUUGCUCUGGUCAGAGUCAUGCUGUCUUGGCAGAGAGGAGUGAGCAGAGGACGCAGAAAUCUGAAUGAAGCGGUGCCUGCUGCUGAUCGCUUCUAGACAAACCGAUCUGAAAUCACAAGGAACAACAUGAGCAGCGAGAGUUUGCUUAAAAGGUCAUACAACCUGAUUUCUUUUCCCUGAGACAUUUCCGAGCGGACAGAAGUGGGAGGACACUAACAAAUGUUAAUGCUGAAAUAUGAGAGAACGGAACCGGGGCGGGUGAAGGCACAUGGGAGAGGACUGGUGGUGUAGCUGCUGUAAGAGGAAGAUCCCUCCAAAAACAAAAAAAAAUGCUUGGAUCUAGAUUUGUUUAAGAGAGAUGAUCACAACAAUUCUGCACACCUAUCAUUCAAAUCAACCAGAAUGGAUCGGUAGACGGAGAGGAAUCUUUUAAGAGUUCUCGUGUUUAUCGGAUAUAAAGCAGCCAACUUCAUCCAGGAUAGAGAGCCGAUAUAUGGAAGUUUUGGCAGCUUGCUGAAGCCAAAAAAAAAGUGAAGAAGAAAAAAUGCUGCGGAUGUUUUGGAGAGCUUGGAGUCUUUCGUGGACCUUGUUUAUCUGCAGCGUGUGCAGAAGCUGUGCGCAGGAACGACAAGGAUACCUGGUUGCUGCCCCCUCACUGUUUCGAGCCGGUGUAGAGGAGAGUGUGAGCGUCACUAUCUUCAAUGCAAAAGCAGAAACACGCGUCCAGGUGCAGCUGUCUGUGAAAGGACAAGCAGUCGCCCACAGUCACAGCACAGUUUAUGAUAAAGGCACCAUCAAAUUGAAGGUUCCUUCUGGGCUGAGAGGGCAGGCUCUUUUGAAGGUCUGGGGAAACCGUCAGCUCACAGAGAGAGGCUACAUUUUCCACAACUACACCACCAUCACCGUGGAGAGCAAGGGCUCAGCCGUCUUCAUCCAAACUGACAAACCCAUCUACAAACCCAAGCAUAAAGUGCUUAUUAAAGUCUACACAGUGGCACCUGAUAUGAGGCCCAUAAAUGAAAAGAUGGAAGCAUAUAUUUUGGAUCCAAGAGGAUCUCGGAUGAUCCAGUGGAAGAGCCUAAAAUCUGUCUGCUGUGGGAUUGUGAACAUGAGUUUCCCUUUGUCUGACCAGCCUGUGUUUGGAGAGUGGUUCAUCUUUGUGGAAGUGCAGGGUCAAACCUACAACAAGUCAUUUGAAGUGCAGAAAUAUGUGAUACCCAAAUUUGAGCUGGUUAUAGUUCCACCUCCUUACAUCCGUGAUCUCAGUUCGUGCGAGCAAGCCAGUGUCACAGCCAGGUACACCUUUGGAAAACCAGUAACAGGAAAGUUGACAGUGAAUAUGACUGUAAAUGGAGUUGGAUAUUACCGCCAUGAGAUGGGUCAACCUGUAAUUAAAACGAUGGAGAUUAAAGGCUCAGCAAAUUUCAGUUUGUGUGUGAAAGACAUGAUGCCGCUGGAUGUGGCUGAUCACUUCAGGGGGACAGUUAGCAUUUGGGCAUCAGUGACCAGCAUCGAUGGAAGCAGGCAAACCACAUUUGAUGAUUCAACAGCAGUUCAUAAACAACUCAUUGACAUCAAGUACUCCAAGGAAACACGCAAACAGUUUAAGCCAGGUCUACCUUACAAAGGGAAGAUUGAGGUUACCUAUCCUGAUGGGAGCCCAGCUGAUGGCGUAAGGGUGCGUGUUAAGGCAGAGCUUACACCAAAGGACAACAUUUACACCAGCGAACUAAUCUCCAAGGAUGGUGAAGCCACCUUUGAAAUUCCCUCUAUUCCGAUAGCUGCACAAUAUGUCUGGCUUGAGACUAAAGUGACAUCCAUUGAUGGCAAGACAGUGGGAGACCAGUACUUACCUAAUUACCUGUCCAUUAGCAGUUGGUAUUCUCCAAGUAGGUGUCACAUCCAGAUCCAGAGUCCCAGCGCUCCCCUUAAAGUUGGCCAAGAGGCUGAAGUGGCUCUAAAAUCUACCUGUCCUUGUAACUUCACGCUGCACUACGAGGUGGCGUCCAGGGGAAACAUCGUCCUGUCAGGCAAAGAGCCAGCGAACACGACAGCCUCACACAGAGGAAAAAGGGCAACCGUGACCUUUGAUAAGAACAUUCACACCACCCCGCUCCCUUCCUCUGCCUCUGGUGUUGCAGGAUCUUUGUCUCAGGCUGAGAUGGACUCUUGUGUGUCUUAUCUUCGUUUUCCUGUUAGUCACAUCAUGGCGCCCUUCAGCCGUCUGCUGGUGUACUACGUCAGAGAAAAUGGCGAGGGUGUAACAGACAGUCUGCAAAUUUCUGUUCAGCCUGAACUUGAGAACAAGGUGUCUGUUUCUUUUUCAUCCAAUGAGUCCAUGCCAGGAGACUCAGUGACGCUGCAUGUCCAUGGUGAGAGGGGUUCAUGCGUUUGUGUGGCCACUGUGGAUAAGAGUCUUUAUUUGUUAAAGCCUGACUUCCAGCUUAGUACCAACAAGGUGUUUAAAGAGAUGGCUGAUUUCGACGUGUCAGACGUUUUUGGUGUUCCCAAAGAUGACGGACACAUGUGGUGGCCUGGACUGUCCUCAAAGAGACGGAGGCGAUCAUCUGUGUUCCCAUGGCACUGGGACAUCACUAAAGAUGCACGCUUUGCUUUCACAGAAACAGGGUUGGUGGUGAUGACAGAUAUGGUGAGCUUAAACCAUCGGCAGAGCGGAGGGAUGUACACUGAUGAGGCUGUUCCUGCCUUUCAGCCACACACAUCAAUUGGAGUGACUGCCAUUCACACAAGGCCCACAACCAGGACUGAGAAGCGGAGACGCACAUUUUUCCCUGAAACUUGGGUGUGGCACUGCUUCAACAUCAGCUCUGAAACUGGGGAGACUCUCCUCCAGUUGGAUGUCCCAGAUUCGAUCACCACAUGGGUCACAGAAGCUGUUGGACUCUCUGAGGAGAAGGGACUGGGUCUGGCAGAGAGGACAGAGCUUCGGACUUUCAAGCCCUUCUUUGUUGACUUCACGCUGCCUUACAGUUUAAUUAGAGGGGAGCAGACCAAAGUCCCUCUUACAGUCUACAACUACCUUCCUACUUGUUCAGAGGUACAUGUAAAAGUAUCUAUUCCAAAAGGUAUCAAGUUUAUUGGCCAUCCUGGAAAGCAUCAUCUUACCAGAAAGAAAUGCGUUGCUCCUGGAGAGGCUAUUCCUACGUCCAUUGUGUUGUCAUUCACUGAACUGGGAUCUGCAAACAUCACAGCUCGAGCUAUUGCCUACAGUUCACCAAGUUGCUGUUCAGAUGGAAUACUGUCAGGCAAGAGUGGUAAUUAUGCAGAUGAAAAGAGGAUCCCCAUUGGCAUCGAUUAUGUUCGCAGGACUGUCCUUGUUGAGCCAGAGGGGCUAUCAAGAGACUAUACCUACAGUGUUUUCUUCUGUCCCAAUGAGAGAAUCCACAUUUCCACUCCUAAUAAAUAUGAGUAUCAGUAUGUCAAAAAGCCAUCCAAGAUGACACAGUUUGAGGUGGCUGUGAAGACCCACAACGACGCCCACAUUGCCCUCUCUGCUAGUCCACACGACAGUGCAGAGAUGCUUGAGAUUGUACUCGGAGGGAGGCAAAAUACUCGCUCCUGGAUUUCCUUGGGCAAAAUGGGUGACCCCCUGGUCAGUGUGUCCACACCAGGGAUACUGUCCUGGGAUGAGUUCCGCAGUUUUUGGAUCAGCUGGCAAGGAGGCUUGGUACAGGUGGGCCAUGGUUUGCAUCCAUCCAAUGAAUCUAUCAUCCUGCAGUGGGCAGGCCAGUUUCCAGGACAGGUGCAACACAUUGGGUUCUCAACUGGGUGGGGCUCUGUAGGAGAGUUUAAAAUCUGGAGGAAGGAGGACUCUGAUGAUGACCACAAUGAGGCCUUCACUCUUGGGGUACCACACAACAUGGUGCCUGGAUCGGAAAGAGCCUCUGCAUUUAUGAUUGGAGACGUAAUGGGACCAACUCUGAACAACUUGGAUAAACUGCUGAGGCUGCCCUUUGGCUGUGGAGAGCAGAACAUGAUUCACUUUGCACCCAAUGUUUUUGUUCUGAAGUACCUUCAGAAGACCGGGCAGCUGAGUCCUGAGGUUGAAAACGAAGCCACGGACUAUCUGCUUCAAGGUUACCAAAGACAGCUGACCUAUAAACGGCAGGAUGGCUCGUACAGUGCAUUUGGUGAAAGGGAUUCCUCAGGCAGUAUGUGGCUGACAGCGUUUGUUCUGAAGUCCUUUGCUCAGUCUCGGGGAUUUAUCUUCAUUGACCCUGAAGAGCUCCAGGCAGCCAAGUCCUGGCUUAUCAAACAUCAGCGAGAAGAUGGUUCCUUUCCUGCUAUGGGACGCAUCCUCAAUAAAGACCUGCAGGGAGGGAUCCAUGGCAAGAUAUCUCUAACUGCUUAUGUGGUAGCAGCUCUGUUGGAGACGGGGAUAACAACAGAGGUAGAGAAGGUGGCAGUGGCUAAAGCCAAGGACUUCUUGGAAAGCAACACGUAUUCUGCUGACGACCCUUACACCACAGCUCUGUCUGCAUACACCCUGUCUUUGCUUCGCAGCCCUUAUGCUCCGUUGGCUUUGCGUCGCUUCAACCACAUGGCCAUCACUCAAGAUGGGCUCACUCACUGGAGUCUGACUGGCAGCACCGUGACAGACGAAGAUACUUUCAUGGGCUUCAGUGAUGGUCUCUCUCAGUCAGUUGUGUCAGCAGAGGUGGAGAUGACAGCCUAUGGUCUUCUGACCUACACCGUCCUGGGUGAUGUUGCUUCUGCCCUGCCUGUUGUCAAAUGGCUCUCCCAGCAAAGGAAUGCUUUGGGUGGUUUCUCCUCCACACAGGACACGUGUGUGGCCCUGCAUGCCUUGUCGGAGUAUGCCAUCCUUUCAUACAUAGGAGGGGUCAACCUCACCAUCUCUCUAGCCUCCACCAACCUUGACUUCCAGGAGGCCUUUGAGCUUAACCGGGACAACAAAAAACUCCUUCAAAGGGCCAAGAUACCCAGUAUUCCCACAGGCCUUUUUGUCAGCGCCAAAGGUGAAGGCUGCUGUCUCAUGCAGAUUGACGUGUCUUAUAACGUGCCUGACCCAGUAGCAAAGCCAGCUUUCCAACUCAAUGUGGAUCUGAAAGAGCCUUUACAGGAGCGACGCCUACAGCCCUCCUCCUCAUCUUCUACUUCCAAGCACCCUGCGUCACGUUCCCGAAGCCGAGCUGACAACCGCUCUGAGCUCAGUCGAAAGCGUCGGGCUCCCAUUGACGAUGACGACCCGGCGGCCCACCAGGACAAACUGAGCUUCCACAUCUCUUUAGAAGUUUGCGCUAGGUGGCUCCAUUCAGGCUCAUCCAACAUGGCAGUCAUAGAAGUUCCCAUGAUUUCCGGUUUCAGAGCUGAUGUUGAAAGCCUGGAAAGACUGAUGAUGGAUAAAAGAGUGGGGUUGAAGAGAUAUGAACUGAAUGGCAGAAAAGUCUUGUUCUACUUUGAUGAGAUUCCCAGUCAAUGUAUGACAUGUGUGGCCUUCCAAGCUAUCAGGGAAUACAUUGUGGGCAAGACAGCACCUGUUCCGGUCAAGAUCUAUGAUUACUAUGAACCAGCUUUUGAGGCCACCAGGUUCUACAACGUUAGCGAGAGCAGCCCACUUGCACGGGAGCUUUGUGAUGGGCCCACCUGCAAUGAGGUCGAGAGUUCAACAAAUCAGUGGAUAGGUUUUGUACAGGGAAACCAGUGCAACAAUGUAUUAGGCUGCCUGGAGCAGGAGCAGAUUGAGCGCUGCACAUGUUACAGGGACUGUGGCUACGACGGGGAGCCCGUUUGUGGGUCGGAUGGGCAGCUCUACCAGAACCAGUGUCAGAUGGAGGUGUCUUUUUGUCGAAAUGGGACUCGCAUCAAACAGGUCCCCAUGUCCCAGUGUUCACACAGAAAGUCCACUAUAAACAACCAGCCAGUGGUGAACCAAGAAACUGAACAACCUUCAGUGCCUGUACACACAGGUGAAGAGGAACAAGGCUCCAUGCCAGAGGUGUCCUACUACUCCUACGAAUAUGACUCUGAUCCUUUCCUUGCUGAUGGAGAGGGAGGGGACCAUUUUGACAUACCAGAAGGUGGGGGAGGUGUGCAGCAUAAAGUGCCCCUACAAGCAAAUACCCAGCUACCCACAAUGGACACAAAGAGCACCCCUGAGCGAUGAAAUACACAGACCGAAGCCAUACGCCCACCUUAAAAUUGUACCAUAUUUGUGAAUAUGCUUGUGAAUGGAAAGAAAAUGGAGACUAUGCAGACUGGCUUGGACAGAAAGUUGGUGUGGUCUGGGAACUGAGUUUAUGUUUUUAGUUGAAUGGAGUCAGAGUGGAUGCUUUCAUCAUGUAUGUCUGUUUUUGUGUGUGGUAGGAUGUGAAUGAGAAUGAUUUAAAACUAGAAUCCUCCAGACCUUUUUACUCAUCAAUAGUCAGCGUAGAAUCUUUAUCCAGUGUGCUGCGUUUAUAAUCACUAGUUUGUAAUUACACUCAAUGUUAAGCAAUAUGUUUUAUUAUAUUUUCUAUCUGUGGUAUUUAUUUGUAGUUAGAACUCCUCAUUUCUAUUUUAAAGUCAUUACCUGCCCACACAGACUACUUUUUCCCUCAUUGUGGUUCUUGAUGUGCUUAUUUAAACACUUUUUUGGCUUUAACACCGAAUAACUGAAAGGUCUGAUUAAAAUUAUUGUGCUGGUAUGCUGCUGGAGAAACACAUAUGCUAACCAUAUGCUUUACAGAAACAUAAGCUGAUGUACUUUUUCAUUGUAAGAUGCUAUCUUCAUUUUUUUAUUUGUUGCACAGCUUUGAAGAGACAGGAAACAUAAACAGGGAGAGCGACAUGGGAUAGGUCUUGUCAAACUACAGACUUUGAUGUUACUGGAACUUUUGAACGCCGCUGCAUUUGGACACUGCAUUUGUCUCUGAAACUACUCAACCACCAUCUCUCACCAUUCACCUUACAUGCCAGGAAAGCUGAUUGUACAGAUCAUAAGCUAUUUUGUUGUCGAUCAACUAAAGGAUGUUGAGGAAACUGAUUGAUGUAAAUGUACCAAAUUUGACCAAAUGUAAUCCUGAUUCAUAUCAAAUACUGUUUUUGAAACAAAUAAGAAUAAAAUUUAUACACAAACCAGG